AUGUGUAAUAGCACUGCUGGAUUCGCGAUGCCGAAACCGCGUCAAGAUUUUGUAGAUCCCAAUGCGGAACGAGUUCGAACGCACUUGUUUUUUUCAUCCAAAGUUCCACGCAACCCAUCGAGGCGAAGACGACGUCCGCGCAAUAAACUACACCAGCUGAUGCACCGUAAAGAUGAAAUGGUGCAAACGGUACCAGCCGAAUUGGAGCCGUCAUUGUGGUUCGGUAAUCAAAGAGUACUUCAUUUCGGUCCUAUGGCACAACGUGAUCCGUUUUUCUACUACUAUCCAAAAGGAUGGGAUGUUCUGAAAUUUCGAGGAUCUUCAUCUGCAAUUUGCAUAAGCGCAUUUGGCACCUUCUUAUCGUUAGGUGGUGCUUUAAUGUUGCUUUUGGCGCAUUUCUCAAUGGACAAUUCUCCAUUGUUUAAUUUGGAAUAUUAUUAUCAAAAACCGAUACAGUUAGCUGGUUCAAUUUUCCUCAUUUGUGGUGGUAUCCUCGUGCUUGUAUCACUUGUUUGUAUAAUAUUAUCGGUUAAGAUCUGGAGUGAGGACAUCAGUGCCGAACUUGGACGACCACGUUUCACGAUUUUGAAACAAGCUGUAAGAGAAUCUGUUGAUGUUUACGAAAAAUCCCCUUAUCAGUCGAUACGACCACCGGCAUAUCCAGUUUUGGAAAACAAAUAUACUCAAAUGACGGUGUUCAGUCCGAAAUCAGAAUUGAAAUUAUAUCCACCUGUAAUGCCCGGUUGUUCGACGUUGUCAUUGCAUGAUCGAACAUCAAGCUCUUAUUUUGCUAGUCCAUACAAUACUUUACGCGCCGUUCCUGCGACAGUACAAACGGACAUUGUAAAAGAAAAUCCACGAGCUAUUUCGUUGACUGGUACUCGAAAACUUUCGAAUGAUUCUGUCCAAGGUCUACGUCGAGCAAAGAGCGUAGCUGCUUCUUCAACAAGAAUAGAAAGAAAUCGACAUACUUGA